AUGAAUCUCAAAGAAAAACAUACAGAUAUGUCACAUUCGAGCAAUGUUUCCAAACAAAAUUGUACUGUAUAUAAAUCUCAAUUUGUCGAACUGGAUGAUAAGCUUUGUGAUAUAAAAUGUCUUUUAUGCGAUAUAAAAUUUCUUCUUCCUAAUAAUGAGAAGGACUUGCUGAAUCACUUGUUCAAAGAGCAUAGGCUUAUAAUAGGAGAUGUAUGGAACAUUGCCAGUUUAAAAAGCUAUAUACGUUAUUGGGGUGUUAAGAUUAAAGAAGCACCAAUAACUACAUAUUGUACAACAAUGUUAAUGGAUUGCACACCAGAUGGAAAACCAAGUAAAAAUGAAACCUACUUUUUACUUUCUGAUUGCAUCUCAGAAGAUAAGACAUUAAGAGAUGAAAUACAUAGAGCUAAAUUGGAAUGGGUUUUAUCAGAACAAACCAAAGAAAGAACAGACACUAACUUCAAACGUGGCUGUAUUUUUUGUCGAAUGGAAUUUUCAGGAUUACGUAUUACAUAUGUGAAACAUUUAGCACAGAAACAUAAUUUAUACUUAGGAAAACCAGAAAAUCUAGUAUUUAUAGAUGAAUUUUUAAAUAAGAUUGAAGAUACAAUCCGAAAUUUCGUAUGUAUGUAUUGUGAAAAACUGUUCAAAGAUCGCACAGCAUUAAAGGAACACAUGCGCAAAAAAUUACAUAAAUGUGUAAAUCCAAAAAACAAAGAAUAUGACAAAUUUUAUGUAAAUAAUUAUUUAGAGCCUGGAAAAUCAUGGAAGGAUAAACAGAGUAAUUCAAGAGAAAAUGAUGUAGUGGAGGAUCAAAGUAGUGAAGAUGAAGAAACAUGGUCCGAUUGGAAAGAUGAAGGCAUUGGUAUAACAUGCCUGUUUUGCAGUCACACUGAUAAGCAGUUUCAUUUCAUUCUUGCUCAUAUGAGAACUGAACAUGAUUUCAACUUUCAAGAAGAAUCGAAAGAUUUAACAUUCUAUCAAAAAGUGAAAGUAGUAAAUUAUAUAAGAAGACAAAUUCAAUUGCGUCGUUGCGUUUUUUGCGAGGUGGAAGUGGAUAAUACUUUGGAACAUAUGAAGCGACAAAAUCAUUUUAAGAUACCUAUACAAAAAGUAUGGGAUCACCCAGAAUUUUAUUUUCCUAUGUGUGAAAAUGAUUCAUUCUUAUACAACCUGGAUACAAGUUGCAGUAGUGACGAGGAAAACGAUGUCGAAAAUACUACAGAAGCAGUGAAGGUUUUAUCAACGUAACUGAGAACUAAAACAAAAUAAUGCCAGUUAAUAAAUAUUUAUUA